UGUUUGUUUCCGGCGUUUCAAUAAAGCUCGAUUCGGCUCGAAGAAGACCUGUUCUUCCGGGAAAAUGGCGACUCCCGCUCGUGGCUCCGAGUCGCCGCCGGCCGCGGAUCCGGCGCUAGCGGCGGGGCCUGCGGAGGAAGCCGAGUGCCCGCCGCCUCGCCAGCCUCAGCCCCCUCAGAAUGUCCUUGCUGCCCCGCGGCUUCGAGCCCCAAGCUCCCGAGGACUUGGGGCAGCGGAGUUUGGCGGAGCUGCGGGAGAUGUUGAAGCGCCAGGAGAGACUUUUGCGCAACGAAAAAUUCAUUUGCAAAUUGCCCGACAAAGGUAAAAGGAUCUUAGACUCUGUUGCCAAACUGAAAGCUGCCAUUGCAGAAUGUGAAGAGAUUAGAAGAAAAAGUGAACUGUUUCAUCCUGUUAGUGUAGACUGUAAGCUAAGGCAAAAAGCAGUUGCAGAAGUUGAUGUGAACACAGGUAAGGCCCAGAAUUCUGACCAGAUGCUUGAUACUUCAUCAUCAGUUCCUGGCAGUUCCUCUGUAGAUAACAUCAAGUCAUCUAAAACCACUUCACAAAAACAGGGACUUGUACAUCCUACUUGUAGAGGUGAUGAAGAGACUCCAGAGGCUGAGUGUGCAGUGAACAAGUGCCCAGCUUCCAGAAACAGAGCCAGGCCACCUUCUUCAUCUGAAGCUAACGAGUGUCUCCCUCAGCAUUGUGUUUCAAGUCAAGCAGAAGACAUCUCCAGCAGCUUUGACAAUCUGUUUAUUGACAAGUUACAAAGGGUCACAGUUGAAGACCAAGGUGAAUGCCACUCAGAAGAAAACACAAGUGCUGAGAACUUGACAGAUCUUUAUAGUGGGACUCAGAAGAAACCUCAUUACAUGGAAGUGCUAGAAAUGCGAGCCAAAAACCCAGUGCCCCCACCACAUAAGUUUAAAACCAAUGUAUUACCUUCUCGACACAAUGAUUCAUCUAGUCAUUGUCAGAGGAGAGGGUCUCCUAUUUCCUCAGAAGAGCGGCGGCGCAGGGAUAAGCAGCAUCUUGAUGACAUCACUGCAGCUCGGCUUCUACCGCUUCACCAUAUGCCCACACAGCUGCUCUCCAUAGAAGAAUCUUUGGCACUUCAGAAACAGCAGAAACAGAAUUACGAGGAGAUGCAAGCGAAGCUUGCAGCGCAAAAAUUAGCUGAAAGACUGAAUAUUAAAAUGCAGAGUUAUAAUCCGGAAGGGGAGUCUUCAGGGAAGUACCGAGAAGUAAGGGAUGAAGAUGAUGGUCAGUCCUCUGAUGAUGAAUUCUGAAGAUGGGCGUUGGAAUAAUCUCCUAAGUCACCAACUCUUGAGGUGUCAUAAUCUUACAUCAGACUUUCUAACAAGUAUCAAGAUCAGUGUCAGACAUUGUUGAGGGAAAGAAUUUUAUAAAAUUACACAAAGGUAGCAUUUAAAAAGCUCAGUUUGUUGACUUUCAGAAGACUUUCAUGUGUUUGAAAAGUUUAAUAUUUGAAUAUUGUGUUUUACCACAUUGUAUUAAAGUUUUGCAGUAUGUCAUGUG